AUGAAACACAUGGUGAAAGCGUGCGAGGAGGAGUGCGGGGAGGGGGCGCCGGUGAAGACGCGACGGGCGACGCGGUUCGCGCUGCCGGCGACGAACGAACGCACGGGGGAGACGUACUCGUUGAGAUAUUUGUUCUCCGCGAUGGAGGCGCAGCGCGCGGCGGGGGGGGAGACGGAGGAUGAGAGCUUAGCGGCGCAGAUGCGAAUGUUGCGGUUGAGGGUGCCGCGGUAUUUUCAUCCCAACGGCGUCGCCGCGCGAGCGACGAAUGCGAGGGCGAAUGAGCAAACCGACGACGCGUCGACGACGGCGGAUUUCGUGCGCGUGUGGCCUUGGGAAGCGGCGACGGAAGAAGAUCUGGCGAACCCAUCGCCGUCGUACGGGAUCGGUACGAUGGCCAGUGCGGAAAGCUGGGAGAUGGUGCACUUGGCGCUGUUGAAGACGACGUUCGUGCCUUUGAUGAUGGAACGCGUGAAGACGAUGAGUCGACGCUCGAGACGCGUGUACGAACGCACGUUUGAUCUCGAGCGCACGUUCGUUUCCGUGGACGAUAUCGACGACGUUCAUGAAGGUGAUUUCUCGGCGUGA